AUGGCCAAUUGCAUCGACGACUACGGAGGAAAGGCGAGGGAACCUGUAUCCUGCCCUUCUCAAGCCCUUCUCCCGAGCGUCGACAAAGCGGGCCAUAAGAUUCAUAACGAGAUUCGCGGCUCUGGCUUUGUGUCUUGGGUACUCGGCGAGAAGCGAGAGUCAGGACGCUGGGGAUUGGAAUACCGUGCAAGCGACCACACUGGCGCUCUGAGCACUACUUGCUGUUCCAGACUUCCACGACCGGGCGCUUCCACGAGGCUUGGAAUUUUGAUGGCAUCACCGCAUUUCUUAGUCAUCAAGCCCGGAACGACCUGGGGCUUCGCAGGUGGAUUCGUCAUUUUUGGUCUGACUUUCUACGCGGCGAAACAAAGGAUCGCUCAAAAACGCAAAGCCGUUCUGGCUGAAUACAGGAGGAGUCAGAAUGAAGGCAAUUCUGCAAACCAAUAG